AUGACUGACAGAUCAAACAGAAGAGUCAACAUGACUGACGGAUCAAACAGAAGAGUCAACAUGACUGACAGAUCAAACAGAAGAGUCACCAUGACUGACAGAUCAAACAGAAGAGUCAACAUGACUGACAGAUCAAACAGAAGAGUCAACAUGACUGACAGAUCAAACAGAAGAGUCAACAUGACUGACAGAUCAAACAGAAGAGUCAACAUGACUGACAGAUCAAACAGUAGAGUCACCAUGACUGACAGAUCAAACAGAAGAGACAACAUGACUGACAGAUCAAACAGUAGAGUUAACAUGACUGACAGAUCAAACAGAAGAGUCAACAUGACUGACAGAUCAAACAGUAGAGUCACCAUAACUAACAGAUCAAACAGGAGAGUCAACAUGACUUGA